GUACCUAGAUACAUGCGUGUAUAUUCAUGGUCAGUGACAGACGUCACCUUGUUAUUUAUCAACAUUGUCUGUUUUCAAGUGUAGAUUAUCUCUGCUACUUAAGUACUACAUAUAUGAUAUAUGCUAUAGGUUGCAUGUUGGCGCUGUAUAAGCGGAACAAAACGAAACAUACCGAAGGAGAGUGAAAUAGUAUUCCGAGGACACUCAGUCUUUUACUUUAAUAUUUUCUAGCUUAAAGAACAAAUCUUACGGGCUUAUUUUUAGAUUAACUAUGCUUGUACCAGUAGUGAUUGAGUUUUAACGGGAGAACAAUGUGCGACAAUGUGAGCAACAAUCCAUUCGCUGGAUUGUUUUCGACUAUUAACGAUGCUGUGUCAUUUUCGUCACAAAAUCAAACUAUUAUCAACGAAGAUGGUGGAGUUAAUUAUGUUACAAAAUUGGAAAACAUAAAUGUACACGAUAGAACAAUACCCACAAAUGUUCAAGAUUCAAAGGGUUCUAAAAUCGAUAACCAGGUUAACCAUCUACUCGCUGACGUAUUCGGAAUAACGUUACACGAGACAGAAUUAAAUGGAACCAAUAAUCAUAAAUUGAUAUUUAUCGAUGCUGAUUCGAUUGAAGAAGCAGUUUUUGAACGAUUAAUGCUUCCUGACCUUGAAUCAAAAUUGGUGUUUGGUGGAGAUUCUCAGCGAACUUCCUGUGAUCCUCAUACGCUAGACAAACAAGCAAUAUCUUAUUUAUUUCAGAGUUAUUGUCGUUUGCAACAAUAUCAAAACAAAGAAGAACUUCAUGAUACCGUCUGUAAAAUGCAACAAAUUAUUUUACAAAAUACUGGAGUUGCAUUACAAGAACCAGACUUGUUCGAAGGACAAGAGAUUCACAAUCAAUUUAUUAUGUUAUGUAUGGAUGAAGGUGGGCCAAAACCAGACUUGGUAUCAUUCACAGAUGGAAUUGUGAAUGAAUUGCAAACAGAAAACAAAGAACAUGCUAUGGAUACGAUUGCUACAUCUUUCAAUCCUAUUCUUGAUAUAAUUCACAAAGAAGCAAUGCAGAGUAAUCUUGUUUUCUUCCAUCAAUAUUGGUUUACAAUAUUAAAUCUCUUUUCUUCGAUAGAACCAUUAGCUAAAUUAAUAAUCCAUCAUAGUACUCCAAAGAGUAAUCAAGGUAGAGCUUACGCGGAUACAUUAUUAGGGGCUCUUUUUAGUUUGAGCUGUUUACCGAAAACGACACAAGAGCCAUUUUAUUUCUUUGAAAAGUCAUUACAACAGUCUAGUGCAGCUAUUGAAGCUAACAUUUGGACUGCUUUGGAUGCAUUAAGCGAAUCUUUACAAAAAGUUUUUCACUUAUUAUUAAAACGUUCUGGUGAAGUUCGUCAUUUGACUCUUGAAUGGAUAGGCAAUUGUCUUCGCUUAAAUGCAAGUAGGGGCAAAAUUUGGAACACGCAAAAUGACAUAAGUCUGAAUUCUAUGUUAUGUGUUUCCGAUGGCUUUAUGUUAAAUUUAGGAAAUGUGUUGUUGCGCCUUUGUCAACCAUUUUGUACUAAAGAAUAUGAAACAAAAGUGCCUAAAAUAGAUCCAACGUAUUGUGCAGCAGAAGCUAAUGAGAAUGAAUGCUUAAAUCCUACUGUACAUUUAAAAGGAUUAUCUUUGGAAACUUGUUUAAUACCGGUAUCGGAAGGUGAAGCCAGACCAGUUGCAAGUACAUUCAGUUUUACUACUGAGUGUUUUUUUUUAACUCAUAGAGCUUUGGAUCUUGGUUACAGAGUAGUAUUAGAUAAGCUUCUAAGAACAAAUCAGGAUUUGUUCAGAAUACAAAGAGUAUACGUAGAUGCCCUGAAUGGUGGUAGUUCCGAAGUAUUAGAACUAAUAACACAACGUAUGGAGGAAGAAAUGACCAAGUACUUAUCCUUAAAAGCAAGUCUAUUAGCUCCAGAAAUGUUAAAACUCUUAGCAAAAUUCCAUGCAACAACAGCAUUUUGGUUAGUACAGGUAUAUUUAAAUAAUGAUAUUGGUGGAGAAGGUAAACAAUCUGAUUAUACUCCAAAGGAAUAUAAAGUUGUAACAUUUCCUUUGCCAGAAACUGUUCCAGAUACUUUGAGAUGCAUUCCUGAAUUUGUGGUGGAAAAUACUAUUAGAUUUUUAUGUUUUUUGCGCCGUUUAAAUCCAAAAGUUUUCGAAGAACAAGGCUCAUCCUUUUUAAUGCCAGUGUUAACCGAGAUCAUAGUGUUGAUGGAGUCUCAGCAACGAUUAUAUAAUCCUCAUUUACGUGCCCGAUUAGCAGAAGGUUUAGAAGCUCUUUUACCUACGACUGAUGAAACUAUGAAUCCUGUAACGCUGAAUUUGGGGACAUUCCAUAGGGAACAAUUAUUUAUUAGACAUCCCUACAGGCAACAUAUUGUUGCCAAUUUACUUAAAGUAUUCGUAAGCAUUGAAAUGACUGGACAAAGCGUACAAUUCGAACAAAAGUUUAAUUAUCGGCGACCAAUGUAUGUUGUUAUGGAAUAUUUGUGGAAACUUCCAGAACAUCGUAACAAUUUUAUUGCUUUGGCGGAAGAAGCGGAAGCCAAUAUGGAAGCAGCUCAACCGCCGUUAUUUCUACGUUUUAUAAAUCUCUUGAUGAACGAUGCGGUAUUUCUGUUAGACGAAGCGCUUUCAAAUAUGGCCCAGUUGAGGCAAUUACUUCAAGCCAGGGAAAGUGGAGAAUGGAAUAAAUUACCGCAACAUGAGCGAGAUCAGCAAGCUCAAUAUUUACUGCAUCUUGGAAUGAUUGCUCGAUUUGACAACAUAUUGGGUAAAAAAACAAUACAAACGUUAAAAAUGUUGACGACGAAGAUAAAAUCUAUUUUUUGUCACCCAACAAUGGUAGAUCGUAUUGCUUCGAUGCUUAAUUACCUAUUGCUUCAAUUGGUUGGACCAAAUAAAAAAAAUCUAAAGGUAAAUGAUCAAAAUGAAUAUGCAUUUAAUCCAGCACAUUUGGUAUUAAAUAUAUGCAAAAUCUACAUAAAUCUUAGCCAAGUUGAAUCCUUUAUACUUGCUGUUUCGCAAGAUGGCCGAUCAUAUAGUCCAAAGCUUUUUAACUUAGCCAAAAAUGUUCUCAUUCUCAUCGGAGGUAUGAGUAUAGUAGGUGAUUUGGAUGAAUUCGCAAAAAAUGUUGAAGCAGCCGCAAGUCAUAAGAGAGAGGAGGACGAAAUACUGAUUGAUGCUCCUGAAGAGUUUCUGGAUCCUAUUAUGUCUACUCUGAUGACGGAUCCUGUAAUUUUACCAUCUUCCAAGAUAACUAUCGAUCGUCAGACAAUUGCAAGGCACUUACUAAGCGAUCAAACGGAUCCAUUUAACCGAUCUCCACUCACUAUGGAUAUGGUAAAGCCUAACGACGAACUUCAACAUAGGGUACAAGAGUGGAUAAACAAAAAAAAGCAAGAAAGAGCGGAAAGUUAUCAAUUAUUCAAAGGAAAACUAAAAUUUCAUAGUUUUAACGAGAAAGGGAUAUAAACAAUCGUCUUUUGAGUUUUCAGUUAACAGGAAGGAGAAGAGAAUACAAUUUAAAGUAAAUCUAGUAUGUUAUAUCUUCUGUUUCAAAUUGUUUUCUUUUUCUUUAUUUUAUUAUUGUUUUAUAACACACAAGGACAUAUAUUUUUGUAUACCAAAAUACCAAUAUUUAUAGUAAGUAUGUACAAAUGUCAAUGUCGUCCUAUAAUUAAUGUCAUUCUAAAGAAUUUUAACAUUGCAUUUUUCUGAAGAAAUUAUAUCCUGUAACAGUUUAUGUAAGAAAGCACAUAAGAUCCAUAACAAUAUUGUUACUAUACUUUAAAUGUA